CAGAACCUGCAAGCCAGUGGUGUAGAUGUGAAUUUAACUGUUUGUCUCUCUCUGCGCGUGUCCAACUAUCCACCUAUUGUUUUUUUUUCCAUUACGGUAUACACGAACUACGAAGCUUGCAAUAUAUGACCACAUAAUAUUUACUUGUUCAAAAACUUUUUCUACUUCCUCCACCUUCGCAGUGUUUGUUUAUCGCCAACAUGCCCGAACUUGGAUUAGGAGCGGAUAACCAUACUGAAAAUGGAAGUGCAGAAGAUGGUAUUGUCCUGGGAGAGUCUCCACCUGGCUCUCCCCAAGUUUAUUUCGAGCCAGUGGUACAACUACCAUUGGUCGACGUCUCCACAAACGAAGAGGAAGAAGUAGAAAUGAUCAAAAUGAGAGCAAAGCUGUAUCGUUACGACACAUCAGAUAGCCCAGCAGAAUGGAAAGAAAGAGGAACUGGAGAAGUGAAGCUUCUGAGACACAAAAUCAAAAAUACCGUGAGAGUUGUCAUGCGUAGAGAUAAAACAUUGAAGUUGUGUGCAAAUCAUUUUGUCUGGCCGUGGAUGGAACUAAACCCUAAUUGUGGCAGUGAUCGUGCUUGGGUUUGGAGUGCCCUGGCUGACUUUGCUGAUGAACAACCAAAGCCACAACUGCUGGCCAUUAGAUUCGCUAAUUCUGAAAAUGCAUGCCUGUGGAAAGAAGCUUUUGAUAAGGCAAAAAGAAUUGUAGAAACAGAGUGUGAGGCUUACUCUGGUAAACCGGAUUCGGAAGAUGAAAGCGACUCUGACUGCUCCGAAGAUGAGGAAGCUAAGGUUGACAAUAAGGAUAAAGAAACUGCUGCGGAAGACAAACAUUCCGAAGAACAGAGCAAGGAAAUAGUUGAAGUAGAAAAAGCUACGAAUGAAGUUACAACAGAUCUUGAAAAACUGAAGGUUAAAGAGGAAGAGUAAGCAUGUUUUUAAUUUUUAAGUAAGUAAUACUGUUAAAUAGUACUGAAAGAGAGAAAGAGAGAUAGUGUGAGAGUUUUUGUUGGAAUAAGUACAUUCCUGCCAUGUGCACAAGCAUUGAAUAGUGAUGAUGUGAAGUUGAUAUGAGAUGUUUGCAUUUUUAAGGGUACGAGUGAAAUGGAACGAAUUUUUUUUCAUUCAUCUUUUUUUUUAUUUUUUUUAAAUCCCCAGUUAGUAACAAUCGUGAACAUGCUUUUUUCUUUUAUUACUUACUUGUCUAUUUAAUGAUAUUUAUGACAAUUAUUGUACAUUAUAUCUGUGAUUUUUAAAAGUAAAUGCAGUAUGAAGAAAAAAUGGAUUUUGUCUGGCUAGUUGUCGAUGACUUUCAAAGUCUUAUGUUUGUAAGUGGUAUAAUGUAAAUGAAAAUAAAUAUGAUAUACUUUGUA